GAGUGAAACAUGUUGAACAAAUGCCAUCUCCCCGUAUGGUAAAAACACAUUUGCAUUUCGAUUUUCUACCGGAACAGCUGCAAAAUGGAAAGGGUCGGAUCAUUUACCUGACUCGAAAUCCAAAAGAUGUGAUCACAUCUUACUAUCAUUUGCUACAAUGGCUAAAUGAAUUUAGAGAUGAUGAGGAGACCUGGCCGAAAUUCUUCGACUCAUUUGUUGAAGGAAAAGCUCUAUUUUGUCCAUGGCCAAGACAUGUUUUGAAGUACUGGGAAAGGAGGAAUGAUAAUAAUGUUUUGUUUCUAAAGUACGAGGACCUUAUCAAGGACUUGCAAAAAGGUGUGCGAACAAUUGCAAAGUUUCUAGGGAAAGAGAUAUCGGAUGAAAAUGUUGCUAAAAUAUGUGAUCACUGCAGCGUGCAAAACAUGAAGACUAAUGACAAAGUCAACUUGUCUUAUUGGAGAGAUGUUAAAAAUGUGAAUGACGAGGCAGGUGGAGGAUUUAUAAAUAAAGGUAUUGCCGGUGCAUGGAAACAACUACUUACAUCAGAAGAAUCAGAAAAGAUUGAUGCUCUCUUAAAAGAAGUGGAACAGUCAGGACUGACCUUUUAAUUUCUCAGUGACCCUUAAAAGUCACUUAAAGAUAUGCCAUGAACAAAUUUGAUAAUUGAAAAUACUUAAAAUUGACGCAAAGUCAAUUUGUUAGAUUUGAAUAUAAAAUAAACAUAUUUUGACAUCAGAAAUUUUGACAUCAAAGUAGAUAUGUUAUAGUUUAUACUCUUGGUAGGCACAAGA